CUAAGUGGUCUUGAAUCAAUAUUAAAAAUGGAGAUCAAUUUCAAUGAAUAAUUUUACCAGAUUUUUCAACUUUUAAGUUUCAUUGACAAACUCACAUAUACCCAACUAGUUACAUAAAAAAUUCAGUUUUUGUCUUUCUUGUUUUAGAGCAUCUGGGGUUGGAGCAAUCAUACCUUACUGCUGGCGUUAGCAUGUUGAAUUCAGUAUUUAUAUAUAAAUCAACUGAUCUGUGCUUAAAUAGCGUCUAAUACCAUUAGCUCCACAAUUAAUCCUCUUGUUUCUGCCUGGUAAAGUUCCGAUUGACUUGUAGCAGAAGAUGAGUACUAGUUCAUCUGCUACUCCUGUAGCCCAUAAAAGGCUUGAAGGAAAGGUUGCAAUUAUUACUGGUGGAGCAAGCGGAAUUGGGGAGAGCACAGUCAGACUGUUUGUCCAACAUGGUGCCAAAGUCCUGAUUGCAGACAUCCAAGAUGAUCUUGGCAACUCCCUUUGCCAAGAACUUAAUUCCCCAGAAACAAUCACAUACGUCCAUUGCGACGUCACGUCUGAUGCUGAUGUCAAGAAUAUUGUGGAUCUUGCGAUCGCCAGGUACGGAAAGCUGGACAUAAUGUUUUGUAACGCUGGAAUCGGAGGCUUAUCAGAAUUAAGAAUUGCAGCUACAGAUAAUGAAGAUUUUAAGAGGGUAUUAGAUGUGAAUGUGUUUGGUGCCUUUUUGGGUGCAAAGCACGCUGCAAGGGUAAUGAUUCCGACCCAAAAAGGAUCUAUUGUCUUCACAUCGAGCGUUGCUUCAGUGUGUUGCGGUGAUAUAGGGUACGCAUAUGUGGCAUCAAAACAUGCACUGGUAGGAUUGACUAAGAACUUAUGUGUGGAGUUAGGGAAGCAUGGUAUCCGGGUUAAUUGUAUAUCUCCAUUUGCAGUAGCGACUCCAGCUUUAAGAUCAUACAUGGGGAUGAUUGAGAAGGAUGAGGUUGAGGAGGUGAUUUCUUCUGCGGCAAAUUUGAAAGGUGUGACUUUGGAAGCACAAGAUAUUGCACAGGCCGUACUGUAUCUGGUAAGCGAGGAAUCAAAGUAUGUGAGCGGUAUCAACCUCGUGGUUGACGGGGGUUAUAGCACUAAAAACCCUAUGAUUACAAAUGCAAUCAAAAGUUUGUUUUCCUGAUUUUCUUCUUUUUCUGUUCCUUUUAACUCUCUUCUGUUAUGUAUAAUUAGUUUCAGGAGGUACUUACUACAAGUUGUAUUCCCCUGUACGUCCUUAUUUGGGUUUUGCUGAAUCUGUUUGUUUUUCUUUACGCAAUAUAAGUUAAACUCCUUCGUCCUUA